AUGGAAAAGCAAUGGAAGCAACCACAAAAUUUGUUUCAAGAAAACCGAAAGGGCCAAUCAACUCGCUCCUCCAGAAAAGACGACAGAGUACUCGGCAGUGAAAUCAUGGCAAUCAUUACUGCAGUCAAACUUUUUAGCACUUCCAUCCUUGUGGCGUCAGGACUCCAACAUUUUGCGAAAAACAUUCCAAAUGGUAACCGUGUGCCGAACCCAUACCCUCAGGGUGGUCUCUGGGCCGGUGUAGGGCACAACGCCAUUGGUGGAGGUGGCGAGCUCAAUCCAUUUGGGCAAGAUUUUCAAGAGGAAGGCUUUGAGUGGACCGAGCACUUGUGCCGAGCAGACUCAGACGGCGACGGCCGCUCCAACGGCGAAGAAUUGGGAGACCCAGAUUGCAUUUGGACCAAAGGAGAAUCUGAUCCUAUUCUCCCAGCCUUGUCGCAUCCCGGAGUGGUGGACACUCCCGUUGACAGAGACGGCAUCGUGGCUUCUACGUGCUCUGAAUAUAAGGAGCCGAACGAUGUUAUUGCCUUCGACAUGAAGUUGAGCGAGCCAGUGGAAAUUGAUGCAACACGUAGUCACUAUUUCUGCGAACAGAUUGAACUUGCGGUGCCUAAGGCAACCAAGUUGCACAAAGUCAAGCACUCUUUCCUUAAAGACAACAAGGAUAUUCCUCAUCACGCCUUCGCCUAUCUUUGUCUCGAUGGCCACUCCAAAGAUGGAGAUAGAGUGGGUCAGGGGCCCUACUCGUGCGAAGGUGCGGAGAGUUCGUGUAUUUCUUUGGCAGAUUGGGCCAUUGGGCCAAGUAAUGAAGAAUGUUUGCCUCCAAACAUUGGCGAGGAGUUUGACUUUUCUGGAAUGGACAGCGUCGUCGUGAAGCUCGAGUUUCACUACGACAACACCGCUGGAACUCCCCAAAGGGAUCAGUCUGGCUUUCGAGUGUCACUUACCUCUGAACUACGACCCCAUACCUUGGGUCGGGCAAUGUUCGGCAUGGGCAACGCUGAUGUGGACUUUGUCAUUGUGCCGCAACAAGAGACCUACCGGAUUCAAGGUAUUUGUCCCUCGGAGGCCACGGCGGGCUUGGAUCAGCCUGUGUAUGCGACGCAUUUCUUUCCUCAUAUGCAUUUGAGUGGCCGUUCCUUGGUCACAGAGCAAUAUCGCUGUGGUAAGAAGAUUGGGGAGGUAGGGCGCGUUGAGUCCUACGAGUUUGACAAUCAGAUGACGUAUGAUCUGUCGAGGAAACAUAUCAAGAUUCUGCCCGGUGACGCCCUAGUAACAACCUGUGAAUACAACACAUUGGACAAGAAUGCCUCGUUGUAUGGAGGCGACCAAACAGCAGAUGAGAUGUGCAUCAACUUUUUCUUUUUCUAUCCUGCUCCAGCCAAAACUGGGCUUUUGCAGCCUUGUUUCGCCUUUGACAACGGUGUGUCAUUGGAUCGAGUUGACGGAACUGCCUUUGAUAGCCCGAACGGAGUACCAGAAGCGUUCAAACCAUUCCUUCAAAACAAGUUCGCUCUCUACAAUCGAAACCCCCGCGGAGGUAUCAUGACGGACUUUUCCAGCGACCCCAAGGACAGCUGGGCACCCUGCUGUGAAACGGGAACAUGUGAUAUCGACUUUUUGGCUUCUGCGGGAGAGCCCUGCGGGUUGGAUCUGGAUUGCAAAGAUGCCCUUUUCUGCAACGAAGGUUUGUGCGACGGAGAAACAGAAGCUGACCUUAUGGGAUCAUAUGCAAGCAGCUCAGUUGGAGUGAAAGGGAUGGCGAGCAUGAUUUUCCCUGUCUUUUUCCUGGUUGCCUCAGCCAUGGUCUUCAACUAG